AUGCUCCUGAGUGAUCUGGUCUUUGUCAUUUUCUCCCUCUCUCAGACUGGCAUUGGCCUUCUGGGGAACUCCAUCUUGCUCAUAGUGUAUGUCAGAGCUUUCAUUUCUCAACCCUGUCGUAAGAAGCCCACUGACCUGAUCCUCACUCACCUGACGAUGGCCAAUACGGUGACCCUCCUGACACAGGGUGUCCCAGGAAUGAUACUGGUCUUUGGGGUCAAGCAUGUCCCGAAUGAAAUGGGGUGCAAGAUGGUCCUCUAUCUUCGCCGGGUGUCCCGGGGUCUGUCCAUCUGUAGCACCUCUCUCAUGAGUGUGUUUCAGGCCAUCGUAAUGAGUCCCAGCAACUCCUGCUUAGCUCAGCUCAAACCCAGGGCCAUCAGAUGCAUCCUCCCCUCCUUCAUCUUCCUCUGGGCCCUCCACAUCUUCAUGUACAUCAAUAUACUAGUAGCCUCUGCACCCAUUCAAAAUGUCACCAUUGUAGUUAAUGGCCAUGAUAUAAAAUAUUGUUCAAAUGUGAUCUGGAAUCACAUUUUAACUAAUACUUCCUUUGUAAGUGCUGUGACUCUCCGGGAUGUCUUCUUUGUGCUCCUCAUGAGCUGGGCCAGUGCCUACAUGGUGAUCGUGCUCUACAGACACCAGAAGGAAGUCCGGCACAUCCACAGCACCAGCCUCUCCCCCAGAUCCUCCCCAGAGACUAGAGCCACCCACACCAUCCUGCUCCUUGUCACCUGCUUCCUUGUCUUCUACCUUAUUAACUGCAGCACUAACCUUUCAAUACAUCUGGGGGCUUGGGCUGUCUUCAGAGUGAGUGAUACUAACACUUUUCUGGGGGCUUGCUACCCUUCCUUCUGCCCUUUGGUGUUGAUCAGCAAGGAUCCCCGAGUCUCCCAGCCCCAGUGGAUCCUGGAGAAAGUGAGAGUCCUCUUUCUUCCCUCUGACGUCACGGAUGGAAAAUUCCAGGCAAAGAGAAGCAGACCCUUAGAACAGCCUCUACCAGGACCCAGCCAGUCCUUGUCCUUUGAGGACAGAUAG